AGCGUUGAGGUCGCUAGUUGCCGUUUGUUGCCGUUCAGUUCCAAUAUUCUACAUCAACUGAUCUACAGGAUCAGAUACAUUUGUCGUCACUCGUCAGUUACAACAGUUGUUCCGCUGUGAUUGCUUGUUGAGACUCAUGCACGUUUCAAAUGUGUAGACUGAAAUAGUUUAUUUUAUUUCGAUUUUAUUAAGUAUGAAUAAUGGCAUUUAGUUUACAGUGGGUGUUAUGUGCUAUUCUUUGGAUGAUCAGUGGUUUUCAAAUCGAAUCUGUUUUUACUGGAAAAUCAGGAUUGACCCCGGCCCCAGAAUUCUCGCGACAGGCGGUGACCAAGCCUCGGGUUUAUCACGGCAGGGAGAAGCGACACAUUACGUCCACCAGAGCAGACGAGGAGGGAGUCGAGCACAUCCAUGACGUGACAGUAGCUCUAGACAUGAACGGCAGAGACCAGCUGUUGGAUCUCAGACUCAAUAGGGAACUGAUUCCUAAGGGUUACUUUGAGAAACACCAGAAGGAUGGCUCCUACGUCAUAAGAAGACCUGGAGAGAAGGAAGUGGAGCUGUGUCACUACCAGGGGAAACUGAGGGGUGUGCUCGAUUCUUGGGCUGCCAUUUCUACCUGCAAUGGUCUCAGGGGUGUAGUAUACGACGGACAUGAACUACAUUACCUCGAGCGGGCGACCAACAGUACUCGGAUACAUGACGUUGACCAUUACCUUUACUCACAUUCCAAUCUAGUCUCUAACUUCACUUGCGGAUUUGAAGGAACUGACCAAAAACAUAUAAGCGAUUUUCAUAAAAAUCAUAGGAUAAGUAAAAGGUUUAAGAGGUCUGAUGAGAUGAUCAGAGGACCUUAUAAUGCAAACGCCAGUUCUAGCUAUGUGGAACUGGUGCUUGUCCUGGACAACAAGGAGUACAAGGCUCUUGGAGAAAACAUGAACAAUGUCAACAGCCACUGCAAGGACAUCGCGAACAUCAUCAAUGCGCUGUAUGUGCCGCUGAACAUCUUCAUAGCCUUGGUGGGGGUGGUGGUCUGGACUGAAUACGAUGAGAUCAACCUCUCCUCCAAUGGUGACACCACACUAACCAACUUUCUGCACUACCGGCGCGAGCGACUCGUCAAGGAACACCCUAAUGAUAACGCUCAACUAUUGACGAGAAUGCAGUUUGAGGGUGGUGUGGUGGGCAAAGCACUAAAGGGGCCAAUUUGCACGUUCGAGUUCUCAGGCGGAGUGAGCAUGGAUCAUAGUUCUGUGGUGGGUCUAGUUGCUACCACGGUCGCUCAUGAGAUGGGUCACAACUUUGGCAUGGAGCAUGACUCCAGCGAUUGCCAGUGUCCUGACGAACGUUGCAUCAUGGCUCCAUCCUCCAGUUCAAUGAGUCCAACACACUGGAGCGUGUGUAGUUUGGAGUAUCUUGCUCUUGCCUUUGAACACGGCAUGGACUACUGCUUGCGCAACAAACCCACCAAGUUGUUUGACAGUCCUGUGUGUGGCAAUGGAUUUGUGGAGGUUGGAGAACAGUGUGACUGUGGACUCAAAGAUCAUUGUGACAACCCCUGCUGCAAUGCCAAUACUUGUAUGCUCUUUAGUAACGCCUCUUGUGCUACCGGCGAGUGUUGUGAUCUAAAGACGUGUCGACCCAAGACAGUGGGGACGUUGUGUCGUGAGACAUACCAAGAAUGUGACCUGGCUGAGUACUGCACCGGUCACUCAGAAUUCUGCCCUGAAGAUGUCUUCAAGAUGGAUGGCUCUAAGUGUAAUAAAGGCAAGGCAUACUGCUAUAAAGGCUCAUGCCGCACACACUCGGACCAGUGCAAGCUGUUGUGGGGACCCUCCGGCAAGUCCUCGGACACACAGUGUUACAAGAUGAACAAGAAAGGCAGCCGACAUGGUAACUGCGGUUACAACAGACUCAAUCAAUCAUACAUCAAGUGCCAUGAUGAGGAUCUGCAAUGUGGAAUGCUACACUGCACACAUCUAAACGAGCGGUUGGAAUUUGGUAUGGAAUCAGUGGCUAUCUUGUCUCAUUCCUUCAUCAAUUCCCAGGGUAGCAUCAUUCCCUGUCGCACGGCCAUCGUGGACCUCGGUCUCAAUGAGGUGGAUCCUGGGCUCGCCCCAGACGGUGCCCGCUGCGGUGAAGGAAAGAUGUGUGUGAACCAGAAAUGUAUGGCAGUAGAGAACAUGUGGGCUGCUGCCAAAGUAGCUCAGUGUCCUAACAACUGUAACAACAAUGGUGUGUGUAACAGUCGCGGCCACUGCCACUGUAACAUGGGCUUUGCUCCCCCUAACUGCGAUUACCCAGGCCCGGGAGGCUCCCAAGAUAGUGGGCCAGCUUCUGAUCCCAAUGCUCGCAGAGAGUUUGUUAUCUUCUUGUAUGUGAUGUUCUUGGGAAUAGUGCCAUUCAUCGCAGUGGCAUCACUGUUUGUAUAUUACAUGAAGCGCAAUCCUACCUUUUGGCGAAAGAAGCCCAGGAUAUCAAAUACUGACAAGAAGAUGGCAUCGCCAGGAAGGUUAGCUCCCACUGUACCUGACACUUCCCGUGCCUCAUUGCUGCCCUCAGCUGAUAACGCCGGGGCUUCAGCACCUCCUUUCAACGGCUCCCAGCUGCAGAACAACCUGGUGGGCCAGUACAAGGGGUUCAGCAUUGUGCCACUACCCAAGCCCUCAUCAUCCCCUGGCCUCACUCCCACUAGAACUGCCCCAUCGGUUGCUCCUGUUCAGAAAGUCUCCCCUCCUAAAGUCCCGGACAAUGCGAUAAACCAACACCUCAUACCUUAUCCUAUUCGCCCUGCACCUAAAGUUCCUCCUACUUCCAUCGGCCUCUCUGUUUCUAGUUCUAUUCCACCUUCACAGAUUCCCCAAGAAAAUGUUCCUCCCUCUCGACCCAACAUUAGUUCUCCUGUGCUGGAUGCCACAACUUCGUUUGCUGCUAAGGAAUUGAUCGACAACUCUGUACCUCUUCGUCCUGCACCUUCGGUACCUUCUGAACUGAAAUCGAAACCUGCACGUCCCAUGUCUACACCAGUAACAAAUGAUAUCGGAUUGGAAUCAAAGAUUGUCAAGCCUAAGGAUUCAGGAUACCCGACACUAACAAGAAUUGCAUCAUUCAUGAGUCGAGGCCAAAAAGAUACUAAAGACAUUAAGAAAGACUCAAAUAAAAGUGUUAAAAUGGACAAAGAUGCUUUGAAAACUAUUGAAAUAUCCAAUCCGAUUCUCCAGAAAGAAAUCAGUAUCCCAGUUAGUUCUUUGCCAGCUGGAGAUAAGGCUGUAGUCAUGAGAGCACAGAGUUUGAGAAGUACCUCAUCUGACAAAAAACCUCCAAUUGCUAGUUUUGGAUCAAUGAGGGUACAGGGCAACAAAAGACCGACCAGUAUCCCAGCCGCUAACCGACCAUCUUCUCCCCCACCACCAAGACCUCCCUCCAUCGGAGUGCCAGGAUACCAAACUCCUGGCAAGGUGGAUAACACAUACGAUGACUGCCUGAACCUACUGACAGAGGGCGUGGCACCUCUUGCUAACAUUGAUGAGGAGAGCCCGAGUGCCACAGAUAACAUUUAUGCUGUGAUAGAGGAGAGUCCAACUGACAGACGUGAAAGAAAGGAAAUAGUGUUACCAAAGAAAUUGGAAUAUACCUCUCCAACUGGAGAGUACAAGUCACCAAAACCGAUAGAGAAUAGCAUCUCAGCUGGGAGUGCGGAGAGUAUGGGACUGCUGGGAGAAAUAGUUAGUGAGAUCCAGGCUAGAAAUACAGACUCAAUUUAUUCUACUUCAACUCUAAACAGGAAGAAGAAGGAAAAAGAUGAUUACGAAACAGCUUCAACUGUUACAGACUCAAGUUCAGAAGUAGACAAGAACCAAACCUAUGUAAAUACACCAUGGAGGGGGGGUUAUACUAAUGUUACCUCUCUUCCCAAAUCAAGUGCUAGCUCCACGACUUCGAGCUCUGGUUAUUUAAGUCCUAUUAACCAUAACCUGAACAAUAAAACUAAGGACGUGGGAAACACAGAAACUGUGAAGGUCCCAGAAGCAGCAGCACCUUAUAAACCUUAUGUACAGAGGAACUUGGGUCCCAUUGUGUCAGCUAGUUUAGCAGCAAAAACAACAGAUAUUUCACAGCCCACGAGUCAAAAUCCAAAUACUACAAAGACGACAGAAAACAAAAUUAAUGAUGUUAAAAGUGCAAACCCAUUAGUCAAACAAAACUCACAACCCUCUAACAACAGUAAAUCUACGUCAAAUCCUAGAAGUCUAGUUAGGAAAAAUUCUGAUGGUUUAUCUUCCGUUAAACCAGAUAUAAUCUCGAGUUGUAGCCCCUCUGGGGUCAAAUCUCCAGAUGUUUUAGGAGGAAAAGGAGAUGCCAAAAUUCCUACUUCCGGGAGUGUAGGACUUACGUCAAAACCGGUAGUAGGAAAACCUGGAUCAUCUUUAAGAGGUGGUCGACAACCCUUGCCUGCACCUAAGCCUACUGUGAUUCCAGCUGCUAAAGCAUCUAUAACAUCACAACCACUUCCUGCGAUUCCUUCCGUUCAAAAAACAAAACCUAAUACAACAAAACCAUUUGGUGCGAAAAGUGACUCGAAUAACAGUGAAGUGAACAAUUUAGCUAGUAAAGCCGCAGCGGCGAAUAAGCCUUCCACUGUUGCAUCGCUGCAGCAGAAAUUUGAAUCAAAUAAACAACCUAGGCCAUUGACUUCAUCUAAAAACACAACCAGAAAUAAUGUAAAUAGUAUUAAAUCCAACAACAUCAAAAGAUGAGAAGCAUUCAGACUGUAAUACGCUAUUUAAUUUAAUGUUAGCAUCAUCACCUAUUGUCAUCUUCGCUUUCUUUUGCAUUAAUGUUAUGUGUAAGCCCAUGAAAUAUGUUUCCAUUUUUCUUUAUGGUGCAUUUAUCGUUACAAUAAAUACAUCACUUGUGUGUGCUUGUAUAUAUAUAUAUGACAGCUUAUUUUGUACUAUAAAUAAUUUAAUUUUUUAAAUGUUAUUGAUAUUUGUAAAGUAUUGUUUAUUGUACCUUCAACGUAUCAACUGAAGGUUUCCUUAAUCCAAUUUCCAUGACUAGCUUUGCUCAUAAAUCUACUACUAUCCCCAAUUCCUAUUGCUUAAAAGACGAAUUUCCUGUGUCAAUACAUGCUUUCUGUAAACCUUGUUAUAGUCUAAUACUUUCCAUAGUACUGCUAAACUUUCAUUGUUAACAAACAAGUAGUUAUUGUAUGACUGCACAAUAUGUAUUUUUAUUUACUUGAAAUGAUCCAGUGAAUGUAUAUGAUGUUGUGAAGAGUGUGUAAAGUUCAUGGUGCUUUCAAUGUAAUCCAAGUAGUUUUCUUAUUUUGUGUUAAUAAGUAUAUAUUUUUAAUGUAUUUAACUGUAUAAAUUUGUGUAUAUUAAGUUCUUUUUUUAUAAUAGAAGUGUUCAUAUAAUUUAGUUUUCUAUAAUAGUCAUAGUGUAAGAAUUUUGUGAUAAGAGGUAGUUUUAUUUAGCUUGAAAUACCACUAUUUAUUAAUUGUAUUAUUUUGAGCCAUACAGAAGACAAUACAUUAUAUUUUGUUUUAUAUAUUAAAACCUACUUCAGUUUUUAAAUUAAACACUUUAUGCCUUUUAUGAAACAUGCAAUUAGUAUUAGGUAAGUUCGAAUGUAAUGCCUUUGUUUUUACAAGUGAGUUGAUUUUCAUAUAUUUCUACUGAUAGAAAAACAAAAAUUAUGGGAUUCAAAUAAUUUGUGAUUUAAGAGUAUUUAAUUUGAUAAUUAAAUAUUUUGAAGAUAUUUAAGUAUUUUAAAAUGUUUUUUCUAUAUUUUAGGUGAUAUGAAAUUCUAUAACCAAAGUACAGGUCCUACUUAAUACCAAUUGCGUUAUUUAGAAACAAACGGUAUUGUAAUCAUUUGCCUGUUUAGUGAUCCUUACAAGGUAGUGUGGCAGGAUGACUUAAUUUUCCCUCCAUAAUCCUUUUCUUCUCCUACGCCUUCAGUUGUUCGGCAUGAGACAAUUAAUGCUUAUCCUUAUGUGAUGUUUAUGCCAACUACUAAUCAUUUCAUAGUUUAUUAAACAAAUCAUUUUUUCGUACAAGUGCAGUUUUCUAAAUAACUUGUGGAGAAAAACUCUUUUAUAAUCAACUUUUAUAACUCUGUGUUUCAAGGAUUGAACACUGUGUUUCAAGGAUUGAACACUACUCUGUUUUUCAGAUAUCAAAAACCCUGACACCUAAAAACUAAUAAGUGUGGCAAUACUUUAAUCUCUUAUUUUUUUUACCUGUUGGGGUUUUUAUACCUGAAAAAGAGAAUAAUUGUCUAAAAUCCUACUAUCCUUUCAAACCAUCCAUUGUCAAUAGCAAACUUGAAAGAAAGAUAAAGGUAUAUAAAUUUGAAAACAAACACUCCAAUAAUAUACUUUUUUGUGAGGAAUUUUGUGUUCAAGGAACACAUCAUCAGACCCACGUAAAAUAUGAAAAGUAUAUUAUUGGAGUGUUUGUUUUCAAAUUUAUAAAGAAUCCAAUAAGAAAAGAGCUUCUAUAGAAUGGAUAAAGGUAUAUUUUAUUUGUGUUUUGAAAUAAGGUUUAAAACAGAUCUGUACUCAGGUUUUUACAGUCCACAGUAUAAACAUAUCAGUCAACAUGUACAUGAUACCCUAACUUAUAGUACUUCAUGAAUUUUAUUUUGUUAUAACACAAAUAAUUGUGAAUACAUAACAAUUCUUGUAUCAUUUAGUAUUUUCCUCAAUGUGUGAUGUUUACUAUUCCAGGGAUCAUUUUAGUAAUCGCAAAACAAUCCAGUGAAGUCCACCAAACUAAUUGACUUAUCCAAUUUAAAACACUAGAUUUGUAAAUGGUCCAUUAUUAUGAAAGAUUUCGAACAACUAGGUUCCUUAGGAAAGCUUAAUUCAUUUGUUGAUGUUGGGUUAAUUUUAGUCUAACCUAUACCAUUUUACCAUUGUAAUUGGAGGUUGUUUAGUUAUAAAAAAAUACUCGAGCUUGCAAGAUCUAGGUUAUGAUUUAAGUAAGGAUACUCCAUAUUUUCUUUUAUCUUGAGAACAUAUUGAUAUUUUUUGUUUGUUUAAUAUUUGUAGGCACCUACUUGCAAGUCAAUUGCCAAAUAAACUGAGGAUUAUGAUGUGUUUACUCAUUAUCUUGCCUGUAUGGAUCAUGCUCUUAAGCUUAUCUGAAUCAGUUCAACCCUUGCAAUGCUGUAAGCAGAUAUAAGCAAGGGCUGACCAUGCUCUAAUUGCGUAAGCGUGUAUAAGCUCAAAAUGAUUGUUUGUCUGGUUUCGUGAUGAUAGUUACGAGUCCGCUAGAAUGUGUGGUAAAUAUAUUUAAGUAUUUUAGAGAUGUGAUCGCCUCUGUGCUCAUCGAUCAAUGCUAGACCAGUUUUUAUCUCAUAGGAGCAGUUUGGUAGUUCCGCUCAACAUCAGAAGCGCUUAUGUGCAUACGCUACUGCCAUGUCAAGCAGCUGUUAGUUUUUACCCUAUAUAAUGAGAAUGGUGUGAACAGUUGCACGGUAAACUGCUGUGUUAUUUCAGGUGUUUUAUUACUCUCUUUUUUGGACAUAUAAAACUUAGGAAAUAAAAGUUAGGAAGAGAAAUGGUGAAUUCAGAUGAUUAUGAUUUUUAUAAUUUCGUGGAAGAGGCACUAAACACUUCAUUUUAGAACAGAUAAAAGAAAAUAAAUGUGUUGAGAAAAAAAUUGUUUGCAUUUUUUUAAUAAGUAAUGAGUACUAAUUCCAAGCUUGGCAGCAACUAUGGUGCUUUUAAGGGUUAAAGUGGACAAUUUUAAGCAUGUGUAAGUAGAAAAACAUUAAUGUUUACAAGUCACAGGGUAGUACCAAUAUAACAAUUUAAUGCUGAAUCAUUAAACCAACUUUUACUGCAUUUCUGUAUGAUUUUUGUUAACAAAUUUGGAUGUGCAAUAAUAAGACUGUCCGUUUACCCUGCUAUAACUUAAUUAAAAAUUACAACUGAUAUAAAUUCUCCACCAUUCUUUGAUCCGUCCUUGGUUUUUGCUCCAAAAUGCUCUCACUAAAUGAGCAACCGUAAGUGCUCUAAGUUACUCAUUGCAGAGAGUACAAAACAUUGUUGAUUGUUCAUAACCCAAUGAAAUUGUUAGGACAAUUAAAUUAUUGUUAAUUAAUUCCAAUUCAUAUACUUUAAGAUACCAGUAGUUGCAGUUUCCAAGCAUAGCUGUUGAAAAUAUGAACCAAUUUCAUAUAAAAAGAGUCAAUCCUGAAAUGCUUGAUGAUGAGUAAGGUAAUUUGUGAUAUUAGUGAAAAACCAUAAUAACAGAAUUUUUAGUGAAUACUCCUGUGGUGUACUAGUCUGGGAUCAUGUAAUAACUUGUCACAGCAGUGUAAGUCUUCCAGACAUUUGUGCAUCUAACAUUAACAUUGUCACUGACUUUGACAAAAUAAAUAAUUUAUAUAUAGAGCUAAUUUCAUAAAAACAGAUACAUAGAGUACAAAAAUGAAAAUCUGAAUUAGCUGAUUGUUUUGUAAAUCUAAAAAUCUUUUGUCUGUUUAGUACUUGGAUUGUUUAGUUUGCUUUACCUAGCAAAUUGGUUUAUAUUAACACAUUGAACGCAGCAGACGCUAUAGUGUGGUAGCAAUAUGAGAUAACUCGAGAUCAGUGAGUGUAGAAACCAUCUAUGCACAAAUUUACAUCAGGUAUUCAGUUUCUCAUUACAAAACUAUUUUUAUUUUUCUCAUGAUAAGUUUUAAUGUUCUACUGAUUUCUAUAAAUUUAACCACUGUUUUACAGAAAAAUGUCAAACAAUUCAAACCAACCAGGAAAAUAUUUUUAUGUAGGUACUAAAAAGUUUUUCCUAUUUGAUUACCUUUAUAUAAUGUACAAUGUUUGAUAUUACGUUAUUUACCUAUAUAGUAGUAAAUGUUUUGAGUUUUAAAAAUACGUAAUCGUUGAAAUAAGUUUAAAAAGUAGAAAUAUAUGUAAGAAAAGAAAUCAUGUAAUUCCAUUGACAAGUGAUUUGUUUUGCAAAAUAAUAAAGCAUGUAACUAUUAUAAAAAUGAUGAAUUAAUGUGUAAUUAAAAAAAAAUCACCUAUAAUGUUUGAGUUAGUAGUGAAGUACUCUCAGUUGGGUGGAAAUGUUUGAAACUACUAGUAAUGAAUAAUGAAAUGUGUUUGGGAUAACUUGUACUGUAUGGUGUUUGUUAUGUUGUAACUACAUCUCCGAUAGUGACAUAGUCUUCCCUCAACCUCGUCAGCCGGGGAAGUGCCUUCAAUCAGCCUCAGCAACCAACAGACAUUGCAACCAGACUCUAUUGGUUCUGGUUGUUUUAAAAAAUAAAUACUAGACCGUGAUUGAAAUGUUUUGUUUAAUAAUUAAUACACUACAGUACUUAUGAAAUGACUCUAGUAAAUUAUAUCUUAAAAUAAAAUUAUAGUCUUUCCUCCUUUGUUAUAUUUGUGAUCAAGGCAAAAUAAUUAAGUAAUUGAGUGAAGGAAUUUAUUUUAAUAAUCCCUGCUUGAUAGUAAGGUGAUUUUACUACUGGAAAUGUUAAGAAUAAUUAGUAUUUGGUAAUAACUUUCAUCAACUUUGCUUGAAAAUAAAUAUGAACUACAUAAAAAAAUAUUUUAUGAUUCAUUUGGUUUCAUUUUUAUAUUUAUUUUUCUGUGAGGUAAUAUAUGUAAGGUAUAUAUUGGUAAUACUAGUUAUAAUGAUGUUAAUUUAAUUAUUUUUCUAGUAAAAGUUCCUACAAUGUUGAGCACCCUUCCUAUAAAUUUUAAAAAUAAAUAUUUUACACAACACCUGGUAAAUAAAUGCUUACAUCUUACAAUUUGAAAUGUUAAAAUUUUGUUUUGUAGUAUGGAUCUCAAAAGUAACGUAUUGUUUCUAUUUCAGUUUAAAAAAUACUUUUGGGUUUCUUUACAAUAAUAUGCAUAGUUUAGUUUGUAUUACACUGGAUUUUCAUUAUCAAAAUGUAAAUUGACUGCCUUUGAGGAAGUUAGAUAGACAAUUGAAAUGAAAGUAUUAGUGAUGUCUUAUAAAGAUUUAAUUGCCUUAUUAUAUGGUUGUUUAAACUCAUUAAUUGUAAGUGUAUAUUUAAAAUAAAACUUGUUACAGUCAUAUUGCAUGUUAUAAUUUUGUGGUCAAAAUGUGUUCCUUUGUCACAAUUUGAUUGAUAUUAAUAAUUAUGUACAUAAUUAGUUUAAUGUAGUGCAGAAUUUAUAAACCAAAGAUUUUAUAACUUUGCAAUUAAUGUAUAAAAUGGACAUAACUGAACUUGUGUUUAUAACAGAACUGUGAGAAAUAAAGAAAUAUCAUCUUGUAUAUAAAUAAAA